CUUACGUUCUCCUUCUCCUGCCACAUUUAGCUGUCAAGAAUAUCCAAUGGUAUCCACACUGCAUCCUCUGCAUCAAUUGCACUUUGCAAAUUUGCUAUUCACCAUCUACUCAAUUCUGGAUACAGUACACUGAAACUGUUCAUAAUCCGUCACAAGAUAAACUUCUAUAUAUCAAAAUGUCACCGCGACGAUAUUUCAAGUUAAUCACGAACAACCCACCAACCCAAACUUGAGACCUGAUGUGGGUUUAUCACAUGGCACCAAACACUCAAACCAGAGGGGGAAGGCAAUAACGGUAUUGGCUGAGGAGGUGUAUAAUAUACAUUUGCACUUUUGGUUUCAUUAGAAAAAUCUGAGAGGCUUUUGUCGUCCUCGUAAACAGGGAUUCUCUGUUUCCUUCUCUCUCUCUCUCUCUCUCUCGGUGUUGUGUUUUGUCUCCAAGCUGUAACAUUUUCUGGGGCAGAGAGUAAGAAAAUGGACAUUGGUUAUCUCACCCCGUUCUUCCCACACUCACGCUCUGAUUUCAAAUUUGAAUACCGUUUUUAUACACUCUGUUUUGGGUCCCUACGCUCAGCUCCCUUCUUCGCGCCCGCAUCUCUCUCGUCCUCCCUUUGACCACCUCGGUCACCCCCCCAUCCGUCCCCCACCCCACCACCAACACCCAUUUUUAACCCCAGUUUUUUUCUCUCUGACAUUUCAUCGAACACUUCAUCCGCAACCUCUCAACCAUGGACAAACCACCCCACUCCGCCGAAUCCCACGACGGCGAAUCCGUCGUCAGCAGCCUCCAAGAUCUCAGCUUCAGCAUCAGCAUGUGUAGCAGCACCGUUUCUGGCUCCGACAGCACCAAGGUCAGCAGCAAUGGCACUCCGGAAGCAAACAAGAACGCCGAAAAUGCCGAUUGCGAAGACGAAAGUUACAAAAGCAGCUUAACCCACUUGGGAAAUUCCAACCGGUCCGACCCGAACGAGGGCAGCUUCCGGAGUUUCUGCCCGUCGAAGCCGCACAAAGGCAACGACGCGCGGUGGGACGCGAUACAAUCAGUGAAAUCCAAAGACGGAGACUUGGGACUCGGCCAUUUCCGGCUGCUGAAGAAGCUCGGCUGCGGCGACAUCGGAAGCGUCUACUUGGCGGAGCUGAGAGGGAUGGGUUGCUUCUUCGCCAUGAAAGUAAUGGACAGAGGAAUGUUGGCGGGAAGGAAGAAGCUGAUCAGAGCUCAGACGGAAAGAGACAUAUUACGGUUGCUGGACCAUCCGUUUCUUCCGACCCUCUAUUCGAAUUUCGAGACCGAUAAGUUUUCUUGCUUGUUAAUGGAGUUUUGCUGCGGCGGCGAUCUGCAUACGCUGCGGCAGCGCCAGCCCGGGAAGCAUUUUACUGAACAAGCAGCGAGGUUUUAUGCUUCAGAAGUGCUUCUCGCCCUCGAGUAUCUCCACAUGAUGGGCGUGGUGUACAGGGACUUAAAACCCGAAAACGUACUAGUGAGGGAGGACGGCCAUAUCAUGCUUUCCGACUUCGAUUUAUCGUUGAGAUGUUACGUGAGUCCGACUCUUGUUCAGUCCAGCGACGAUCCGUCUUGUAGAAUAUCUGCGUACUGCAUUCAGCCAGCAUGCAUUGAUCCCUCGUGCAAAUUGCCGGUUUGUGUUCAACCUGCUUGUUUGCAACCCUCUUGCUUUAAGCCUCGGUUUCUUAGCUCCAAAUCAACCAAGGAGAAAACCGAAAGAGUAGGAUUUGGAAAUUCAGAUUCGUUGCCUGUACUUAUUGCUGAGCCAACGAGUGCGCGCUCUAUGUCAUUCGUUGGGACACACGAGUAUUUAGCUCCCGAAAUAAUCAGAGGUGACGGUCAUGGUAGCGCGGUUGAUUGGUGGACUUUCGGUAUCUUCUUGUAUGAGCUGCUGCAUGGGAAGACGCCAUUCAAAGGGAAUGGUAACCGGGAGACAUUGUUCAACGUGGUCGGUCAGUCUCUUGAGUUUCCGGAUGGAUUCAACGUUAGUUUCGCUGCGAAGGAUUUGAUCCGGGGCUUACUUGUGAAGAACCCUCAAAAGAGACUUGGAUUUAAACGUGGUGCCACAGAAAUUAAACAGCACCCCUUCUUUGCAAGCGUAAAUUGGGCUCUCAUCCGCGGCACGCGCCCGCCGGAGAUUCCAAAACCGUUUGAUCUUGCGACUCUAAGUCACACAUUCAAGUCCGCAGUGCCUCAAAACAACAAGGUGGCUACCGAAUCGAAUCGAUCAUCGGGUCCAUACUUAGAUUUUGAAUUUUUCUGAUGAAUUUUGAUGGGACGAGAAAAAAGGAUUGUAGCAUUUUUCUUGCGACAUUAUUCAUGUUCUCAAUGAAAUAUUUUCUUCA